GCGAUACGAGCGCUGUGAACCUCAAUACCAUAAUCACAGAUCACGAAGUCAUGAGAGACGAUCUGGAGAAGCCAGAGGCGAGGUCGCAAAUUCGACAGCGACUUGAUGCUGAGAUCGAUGCGAAAUGGGCGGAUUUGAUCCUCUUGGGUUGCUUCUUCUGCUCGGGUCUUAUCGACAGCAUGGCCUUCAACAUGUACGCUUGCUUCGUCAGCAUGCAAACAGGCAACACCAUCUUCGUCGGUCUAGGUGUCAACGGACAACCUGACUCAGCACCUCCAUACUCUUGGGCAAAGUCUUUGGCAGCCAUUGUGUGCUUUGCGCUGGGCGCAUUGUUCUUCUCGGCCAUUCAUCGAAUCUUCGGUCCUCAGAAACGAUGGGUUCUGAUCUCAUCUUUCGCCCUUCAGGCGAUUCUGAUCGCCAUCGUAGCCAUCCUUGCUACAAUUCCGGUCAUCCCGAACGAGCCGCCUGUGGUGAUUCAACGAAAUGACUCCAGGUUCCUUACUUUCACCAUGUCGAGUACUUUUCCCAGAUCGGAUUUCGCAGCCAUCAGCAUCCUGGCUUUCCAGAGUGCUGGUCAGAUCGUAGCCAGCAGAGCCCUGAAGUAUAACGCAAUGCCAACCGUGGUCCUGACGAGCUUGUACUGCGACUUGAUGAGCGAUGCACAGCUUUUCACAGCGCCGCUAGGUCAAAACGCAGACAGGAAUCGCCGUUUUCUUGGGGCAGUACUCCUCCUGUGCGGCGCCAUAUCUGGCGCUUACCUGACAAAGUCUGUUGUGGGGUUCAAGGGCGGCUUAUGGAUCGCAGUCGGCAUCAAAGUCGCUAUGACUAUGGCAUGGUUCUUUUGGAAACAGAAGAAAGCUGUGAUGGAGUAGGAAGAUGUGUGACACCCAUUGCAGACACGAGAGAUAAAUACACUUACUCGAAUUUGACGUUCUAUUGACCAAACGAGGUAGUGACGUCAUCUCGAAUUGCUGACUCCGACUGUUAAAG